GUCUGUUAACAAAACACGUGCAAAUAUGUUUAUGUGCGCUUAGAAAAGCGAGGAGUGCGAGAAGACCUCGUUCUGCAGUCAGCUAACAUACAACUACGACUUGUUUGUUUGGAAGGUUAAAAGUAAAAUUACAGGUUCGUUACAGUUUUUGGUCUACACGGUGUAUAAAGUGACUAAGCCAGGACUUGACAGCUGCCUUCACCUCAUCGUCCGAGGUGUAAUGAUUACCCUUGAGGUCUCUCUUGAGUAGAGGAAAAAAUAAAAAUCACAAGGUCGCAAGAUCGGGGAAGUAAGGAGGGUGUGGAAUCUGUUCAAACUUCAGGUUUCGCAGAGCCUCUGCAGUUGCAUCCAGGCUGCCUCUAACACGACAAACUCGACGUCGGAGGUGUUUUAGAGUCUUUUUUUCAAAGAUGACUACAAAAUCGAUACCCGAAUGGUUUGCCAACAAAAACGUUUUCGUCACCGGAAGUACUGGCUUCAUGGGAAAGGUUCUAGUCUCCAAGUUACUACUAAGUUGUCCUGAUAUUGGAGAUAUCUUUUUACUAAUCAGAAAGAAGAAGGACCAUGAUCCACAUACAAGGCUGCAACUCAUACUGCAGCAAGAGCCAUUUAGGAUCCUCAAAGAACAAUACCCGGAACGACUGAAGAAAUUGGUAGUUGUGCCCGGCGACAUAACUGUCGAAGACGGUCUCGCUUUAUCUGUCGCGGAUAAGCAACGUCUUAUGAACAGUAUUUCCGUCGUCUUUCAUAUGGCCGCUAAUGUCAGGUUCGACUUGUCAUUGAAGUCUGCCGUCAGGAUGAACACUAUGAGCAUCACAAAUGUCCUGGCGUUGGUGAAACAGAUGCCUCUGCUCGAGUCAUUUGUUCACAUCUCGACGACUUUUUGCCAAUGCGGCGAGUCGGUGCUGGAGGAACGCGCUUACCAAAACAAGAUCUCGCCAGAAAACGUCAUUAAGAUGGUCAAUACAAUGACGGACAGCGCCCUGGAGGCAACGAGUUCGAAAUUAUUGGGCGAGCAACCGAAUACGUACGCCUACAGCAAAGCACUCAGCGAGGAAUUCGUGUCGAGAUGCGGAUUACCUGUAGGAAUCAUACGCCCGUCGAUAGUGACAGCGUCGUAUAAAGAGCCUGUGCCCGGCUGGAUAGACAACAUGAACGGCCCAACCGGAUUGAUGAUCGGAGCGGGUAAAGGAGUAAUACGGUCCAUGCUUUGCAACGCGGAUUACGUGGCCGAUAUAGUGCCCUGCGACAUGGCCGUGAACGCGACAAUAGCUCUAGCUUGGCAAGUCGGGAUGGAGAAGUCGACCAAGCCGAUGUUUUUAAACGUCACGACGAACGUAGACAAUCCAAUUUCUUGGGGCGACGCUAUAGAAAUCGGGAAGAAGCACGUAUACGCGUACCCUUUCUCGCAGCCGCUCUGGUAUCCCGGUGGAGGAGUGACUUCCUUUAAAAUGUUACAUUGGUUCGCCGUCAUAUUUUUUCACAUUAUACCCGCCUACCUGUUAGAUACUCUACUUGUCAUCACUGGGAAUAAACCUUUCUUAGUGCGAGUACAAAAUAGAGUGAACUCCGGUUUAGAAUUGCUACAAUAUUAUACCAUGAAGCAGUGGAAAUUUUGCCAAGACAACAUACGCGAGCUACAAAAUCGACUGUGUCCCUCCGAUAAAGAAACAUUCUUCAUGGACACGGGGAUUAUUUGCUGGAACGAUUAUCUGUUAAUGUAUAUCUUAGGUACGAGACAAUAUUACCUAAAGGACGACCUUUCGACGCUGCCACGGGCAAGACGAGUCUUUGCGUACCUAUACUUCGCUGAUUGUGCGUUGAAACUCGUAUUCGGGAUUUUCCUCGUUUGGAUAAUAUACACGUGGACAAUCUCCGCUAAGCCUAUUAUAGCAAUGCUAGUCCCAUCGACUGAAUAAGCGAUAGAAUAAAAAAUUCGUUUUAAUCCUUUAUGGUAGCGUAAUAUUCUAAGAAUCGUGCGACAUUAUAAUUGAACAUAUUUUCGAAAUCUUUAUAAAUUCCUCCGAGCGAUAAAAAUUCCCUUGAGUCACGUUGCACCAAGCAAAUGAGACUAAGGACGAAAUAUUUGAAAUCCUCGUUUGUUGAAAAUAUAUGCUUAGCUGGUCUAAUAUAUAUACAUAUGUAUACAUAUAAUUGAACUUUGUUGAACAGAAGGAGUUCGAUUUUUGUCUCUUUCGAUAUCUAAGUUGCAAAAAAUUAUUAAAUAUUAUAUCCUUGGCGAGAAAAAGUCUCAUAAUAUUUCGUAAUAUUUUUAAUAACUUUUCAUAAUACAAAUUAUAUAAAUAUAUAAUUGUAAUA